AUGUCGCUCUUCGAUCUUGUGCGGAGCUUUACGAAAAUUACCUGCUCUCCUUGGCUGUUAUUCGUAGCGAUCUCAUAUGCUGGUCGCGUGAAAGAGUGUGGAGACCUGGCUGAACGGAUUACCGAUGCCGAAGAUCCUCUUCGUACCCGUCUCAUAAACUCGUUAGAUCGUGAGAGGUCUGAUCGAGUAAAUUCCAGUGUGCGGGUUGAAAGCCAGAAGCGUGUUCGUUACCCAGACAGGCCUGUCACUGGCGAAGACGGCAGUGAGAAGAUUGAGAUACCUUGUCCCCCGCCCCGGAAAAUCUCACGAGCAGAGCGCCUACUAGCGAUCAUAAUGUCCCCGAACAGUCGGCAGAACGCGCAGAUACAUGGCUUGGUUGGGAAACCAUUGCUAUACUUUACGAGCGUGUUCGUGUCUCUAGGCGUUUUCCUUUUUGGUUAUGACCAGGGUGUCAUGUCUGGAAUCAUAACAGGUUGGUAUUUCAAGGAUUACUUUAACCAACCCUCGCGAGCUGCAAUAGGCACUGUGGUUGCAAUUCUCGAAGUUGGGGCAUUUAUAUCGUCCUUACUUGUCGGCCGAAUCGGCGACUUGAUAGGGCGUCGUAAAACGAUCCUUUAUGGCUCCAUAGUUUUCUUCAUAGGAGGCGCGUUGCAGGCCUUUUCUACGGGGUUGCCUAUGAUGAUGGCCGGUCGUAUCGUUGCCGGCUUGGGCGUCGGAGCAUUGUCAACGAUUGUACCAGUCUAUCAGUCUGAAAUCUCGCCUCCGCAUAGCCGCGGGAAACUAGCAUGUAUCGAGUUUACGGGAAAUAUCUCCGGAUACGCGGCCAGUGUCUGGGUGGACUAUCUUUGUAGCUUUAUAGAUAGUAAUUACUCAUGGCGCAUACCAUUGCUGUGCCAGUGCAUCAUGGGAGCUCUCCUUGGCGUGGGAAGCCUCAUCAUCUGUGAGUCGCCGAGAUGGCUAUUAGACAAUGACUAUGAUGAAGAGGGUAUGGUUGUCAUCGCAAAUCUCUAUGGAAGUGGGGACCUGCACAAUGACAAAGCCAGGCAAGAGUAUAGAGAGAUCAAGAUGAACGUUCUUCUCCAGAGACAAGAGGGUGAAAGAUCGUACAGUGACAUGUUCAAGCGUUACUACAAACGUGUCUUGAUAGCCAUGUCAGCGCAGGCACUGGCUCAGCUCAACGGUAUCAACGUUAUCUCGUAUUACGCCCCUCUCGUGUUCGAAUCAGCAGGAUGGGCUGGCCGUGAUGCUAUCCUGAUGACUGGGAUCAACGCGAUCUCGUAUCUGGCGUCUACUGUUCCUCCAUGGUAUCUUGUGGAUCGCUGGGGAAGGCGGCCCAUUCUACUCUCUGGGGCAGUUGCCAUGAUCGUUUCUCUCUCGUUGAUUUCGUAUUUCAUAUAUAUCGACGUUGUGGCCACGCCGACUCUCACGGUCAUUCUUGUUAUGAUCUACAAUGCUGCGUUUGGUGCGUCGUGGGGACCCAUUCCAUGGCUCUACCCUCCGGAAAUUUUGCCUUUGAGUAUUCGUGCGAAAGGGGCAAGUCUCAGUACAGCCACAAACUGGGCUUUUAAUUGGCUCGUUGGAGAGGUCACGCCUGUCCUCCAAGCCGCUAUCAAGUGGCGACUUUACCUCGUGCAUGCCUUUUUCUGUGCCUGCAGCUUCGUCCUUGUUUACUUUCUAUAUCCAGAGACGAGCGGAGUCCGCUUGGAGGAUAUGAAUCUGCUUUUUGGGGAUGCGACUACUGCUAUGCCGACGCCGGCAACUCAGGGAGAGCGGGGCUCCCUCAUGAGCGCAGGCUCGCCUGUGCCUUCGCUCGAUAUCAGACGCCAGUAUGGCCAUCUAGGGGCAGAUAGUGCUAUCCCGGGAUUGGACAUUGACCCACCAAAUGUAAGUUCUAGUGCCAACACUAAGCCUCCUAGGCCCGGUUUCCGGGAGGAUACUACAAAUCGACUCGAGGGUUUCGGUGGUUGGAUUUCGAAGAUGAUCACUCGAGAUAAGGGAUCGGAACUACCGGGACAGGGCGGCCAGUAUAGACGUCUUGGACAAGAGGAGGAGAAUGAAUGAAUGAAUAGGGCCAUCAGCUGUGGUUUAGUCUGAUGUAGCAGAUAUAUAAACUUCUUGUUUUUAUGCCGACUUUGCCCGUGCUUCUACCCCAUUGUUUCCUGUGUAUACCUUGUUAAAUAGCUGGAUGGUAUUCUUUCGUUUCAUCGAUUUGUUGUUACAUCUUCACCAACUCUGGUCCCACUGAAAUAGCUCUCUUCAAGUCCCGGUCAUUUUCACUCAUUUUUUUUCUUUCUUUGCGUAAUAUGAAUAUAUGAUGGUGAUGGUGAUGAUGAUAACGAUUGUUCUACUAUGGUCUAAUGGUGCCUCCCUAAUUGU